GUCCUUCUUGCCUCCGAAGGCUGUGCCGGAAGUUGCCGGCGUUGGGAUCGGGCGCAAUGGCCUCAAGGUUACUUCGCGGAGCUGGAGCGCUGGCGGCGCAGGCCCUGCGGGCUCGCGGACCCAAUGGGGUCACCGCACUGCGUUCUAUGGCGUCCGGAGGGGGUAUUCCUACUGAUGAGGAGCAGGCGACGGGACUGGAGCGGGAGAUCAUGUUGGCUGCUCGCAAGGGGCUGGAUCCAUACAAUAUGCUACCGCCUCCAAAGGUAGCCGCGGGCACCAAGGAAGACCCUAAUUUAGUCCCCUCCAUCACCAACAAGCGAAUAGUGGGCUGCAUCUGUGAAGAGGACAACAGUACUGUCAUCUGGUUUUGGCUGCACAAAGGAGAAACCCAGCGAUGCCCUGGCUGUGGAACCCAUUACAAGCUGGUGCCCCACCAGUUGGCCCACUGAGCCUAUAUACUGUCUUCACUCAAAAUACGCUAUGAAUCUUCUGCCCAAUAAAGACUAGCCAUUGUGUUGGCUUCCUUCCAUA